AUGGCCGAUGCUUUUUACCUCCGUUAUUAUGUUGGACACCGAGGAAAAUUUGGUCAUGAGUUUCUAGAGUUUGAGUUUCGACCAGACGGUAAACUACGUUAUGCCAAUAACUCCAAUUACAAAAAUGACACGAUGAUCCGAAAAGAGGCCACUGUCAGCAAAGCAGUUAUGGAGGAAUUAAAACGCAUUAUCAUUGACAGCGAUAUAAUGAAUGAGGACGAUGCCAACUGGCCCACCCCGGAUCGUGUGGGCCGACAGGAGUUAGAGAUUGUAUGUGGGGAUGAGCAUAUUUCCUUUACAACGUCCAAAAUUGGUUCCCUAAUUGAAAUUAACAACUGCAAGGAUCCUGGGGGAUUGCACACAUUCUACUAUUUAGUACAGGACUUGAAAUGUUUGGUCUUCUCCUUAAUUGGACUUCAUUUCAAGAUAAAGCCUAUAUAG